AUGAUGGCUUCUCACUUUUGGGCUGCUCUUUGGGUGCUUACUCUUGGCUACGCUGUUGUAGCUGCACCACAGAUAUUGGUCCCUCGUGCGACAGGCAGUCUGGACACCUGGUUGGUGUCUGAGACAGCAGUGGCAAAACAGGGUAUCCUCGAUAACAUUGGAUCUGCUGGUGCCUAUGCUGCGACUGCAAAGCCUGGCAUUGUAGUCGCCAGCCCGAGUACCUCCGACCCUGACUACUACUAUACUUGGACUCGUGACUCGGCUCUGGUGUUCAAAACUCUGGUCGAUAUGUUCAAGAACGGUGACAGCGGGUUGUUAGAUAUUAUUGAAGAAUACAUUGAUGCGCAGGCCUAUAUCCAGACGGUAUCCAAUCCAUCUGGAGAUCUUUCUGGCGGCAGUGGAUUGGGGGAGCCUAAGUUCAACGUCGACGAGACAGCCUUCACUGACUCUUGGGGUCGUCCUCAGCGUGAUGGACCGGCCUUGCGAGCCACUGCAUUGGUCUCGUUUGGCCAAUGGCUCAUUGAUAAUGGGUACACCACUUACGCGACCAACAUUGUCUGGCCCGUUGUGCGCAACGAUCUCUCCUAUGUUGCCCAAUACUGGAAUCAGACUGGAUUUGAUCUCUGGGAAGAAGUUUCUGGCUCAUCGUUCUUUACUGUCGCAGCUCAGCAUCGCGCCUUGGUGGAGGGAAGCACGUUCGCAAGCCAGGUUGGUUCCUCGUGUUCGUACUGUGACUCUCAGGCCCCAGAGGUCUUGUGCUUCCUACAGUCUUUCUGGACUGGGUCUUAUAUCCUGGCCAACUUUGGUGGUGGCCGCUCUGGAAAAGACGCCAACACGCUACUCGGCACCAUUCAAACUUUCGACCCAGAGGCCGGAUGCGAUGACACCACAUUCCAGCCUUGCUCAGCUAGAGCACUCGCAAACCACAAAGUUGUGACUGAUUCAUUCCGGGCGAUCUAUCCUGUCAACUCUGGUAUUGCUGCGGGCAAGGCUGUUUCUGUUGGUCGAUACCCGGAGGACACAUACUACAAUGGUAACCCUUGGUACCUAUGCACAUUGGCUGCGGCCGAGCAGUUGUACGAUGCGUUAUAUACGUGGAAGCGUAUCGGUUCUUUGACAAUCACCUCUGUCUCUCUCGGCUUCUUCCAGGAUCUGUACAGCUCCGCUGCGACCGGUACCUACUCCUCGUCCAGUGAUGCAUACACCUCGAUUCUGAGCGCUGUCACGGCAUAUGCGGAUGGAUAUUUCAGUAUUGUGGAACAAUACGCUACAUCCAAUGGCUCCUUGUCUGAGCAAUUCUCCAAGUCAGACGGCUCGCAACUCUCGGCUCGUGACCUGACUUGGUCCUACGCAGCCCUGCUUACCGCCAAUGACCGUCGGAAUGCGAUAGUUCCUGCACCAUGGGGUGAGAUAUCUGCCAGCAGUGUACCUGGCCAAUGCCAGUACACUUCGGAUGUUGGUACUUUCAGCAGUGCAACAAACACCGCCUGGCCAACCACUUUGACUAGUAGAUCAGGCAGCGGAACUACUACCACUACGUCUGCGAAGACAACCUCGACCACAGCACCAUGCACUACUCCAACAGCCGUUGCAGUGACAUUCAACGUGAUUGCCACUACUGUGUAUGGCCAGAACAUCAAGCUUGCUGGAUCUAUCUCCGAGCUUGGCUCCUGGCUCCCAAGCAGUGCUAUUGCGCUGAGCUCUUCUUUGUACACUACGAGCAACCCUUUGUGGUUCGUGACUGUGACACUUCCAGUGGGCACUGGGUUUACCUACAAGUAUAUCCAGGUGGCGAGUGAUGGCACUAUUACAUGGGAGAGUGACCCGAACCUGUCAUACACUGUUCCCGCCACGUGUGGUACCACAGCUGUCACGAUUAGUGAUACCUGGAGGUGA